AUGAGAAUUAUUAAUGAAGUAACGCAUACACCGGUGCAAGAGCUUCGAGAGGAAAUUGGUUUGCAAACAAAUAAAAUCAAAGUCAAAUUGCAGAACCCCAGCGAUAUUCCUAGAGUCUUUAUAAAAAAACGAAUAGCGGGAAAGCUGAAUCCUUCUGUAUUGAACAACAAUGAAAGAAUUGUAUUAGUUUCGGGACCACCAGAUAUGAUGAACAGUGAGAUUCAAGACAGGUCCUACUUAACCCAGAAAUACAGUGAAUAUAAACCUCCUAAUAACUCACGUGCAAACGUACCACAGUAUUUCACUGGACAAAAUAGAGCCGCAGAACAAUUUCAACGUUCGGCGCCUAUUGGAGCUGCCAGUGAAAUUCCUUACCAACCACCCUCACAUCCCUAUGAUCAUGAAAUUGAUCUUAAUAAUACAUUACCUGCUUAUUAUGAAUCAUUUAGAGGGAAUCAGCAUGGUCCAAAACCAUCUUGGGGUACAGAUUCUUUAUUGUCAAGUCCCACAGAGAAAAGUGAUGAACAGUAUUUCAAUGAUGACAUUUCUGAAACUAGAAUCAAUACAUCAGACAUUAAAUCAGUAGGAGAGGAUGUUAGUAAUAGACUUAAGAGCUUAGUAUCCAGAUUGGAGAGGUAUGGUAUUGAAAAUAAUUCUGGGAAUAUUUAUGGGACCAAUAACCAAAAUUUAAGAUAUGAGACGAUAAAAAUAGAAUUGAUAGAAACAAUAAGAAAGGUUAAAGAGCUGCAACAAGAACUGGUCAAAAUUUUUGAUAAUAAUACGAAUUUGAAAUAUUCAACAACUGGUCAUGAGGAUAGCUAUAAAUCCACAAAAAGAAGGCGUUCAGGACUAGUUACGACCUUAAAUGACACCGAAAUUGAUAGCGCACCAAAUAAAUUUGAACCAAAUAAUUUGGAAGGUAAAGGUCAAUUUCAUAGUAGUGGUGGAGCUUAUAAAAAUAGUUUGAAUGACUAUAAGUUUCCACCUGGAAAUACAGCAAAUAGUGGUGCUUUUUUCAGGGCUAACGGAGAUGGAUCAAUAAACACAUAUAAAGCCAGACCUUCUAAUAUACGUUCAAUGUCAUCAUACCCACUAAUACGAUCUCCUUAUGGAAAGAUACUACAAAAAAAUACAAUGAUUCCUGCAAUACACUCUAGACAAGAUCCAUAUAACAGGAGGGUUUUACUACAACCUCCCUAUUUUCACAGACCAAAUUUAUCGGACCCAAGUGGAAUAAGACCUCAGUCGAUGCAUCGCUCGACAUUACCCACAUUACCAUUUCCUCGUAACCAAUCCAUCGAUGAAACUUUUUAUCAAAGCCGCAAUUUACCUGAGCCAUCCGGUUUCAUUCCACAAACAUAUCUCGGUAAGCCUUUGCCAAGGUGCACACAUAAUCAAUAUCAAGAUAAUGUUUAUCAGCAAAUAAAUAUUAUUGAGAAUAGAAGUACUAGUAAUGAAAUUAAGAGUAUGGGAGAAACUAAGAUAGGAAGCUCUAGAGUUUCAAACGAAAUAGGGCCUCUAGCACAAAGAUACAUGGCCAAGAAUAAUGAUGACUCAGAUUCUUAUCAGCAACGAGCAUUAGAUUCUAAGCCGCCUCAACAAAACCAAUCUAGAGAUAUCCUAAGCACAGAAUAUUCAAAUUUUACUUAUGAAGGAACUGACGUAGUUGACAAUAUCGAUAAAGGAAAUGGUCGAAAAGCUUAUAUUCAAAAGAGAAAGAAGUCCGUAUACUCAAGAGAUCUAAAUGCCAAGACUUUUAAUUUACCAAGGCUUGGCUCACCCAAUCUUACUCGAGACACAUCCACUAAAAUUAGCGUAGGAUUGCAAGGUUCAGAGACAGAAGGUGAAGAUUCUCGUACAGAUAUAUCUAAGGCAGAAAAUCCGAACAGCAAAAAGCAAGAAAAUCUAGUUUCUCACCAAGAUCACAUCUCGCAUGUCGAACAAUGUGCUGAUAAUGCGACUGAUAAGCCAUCCAAGAAUGAACGAUCCCAAUACAAAAGUAAGGUAACCAGUAGAGAAAAUCGGGUGACAAAGAAGGACCAGAGCGCUGCUGAUGCAAAAAUCCAAUCAAAAUGCGAUAAAUCCUCUAUAAGAACGACCGGAAAAGUAACAAAACCAAGUAAAGAAAAUUUGACAAAAAGGAGGCAAUAUGAAGCCAAGUCAAACACAACAUCUUCCUCCAGUGAAAAAGUUACAGUAGAAAUCACUUUAAGAUGCCAUCACUGUGGAGAAUCAGACACACCAGAGUGGAGAAGAGGACCCUAUGGCAGUAGAACGCUGUGUAACGCUUGUGGCUUAUUUUACAGAAAAUUAACCAAGAAAUUCACUGUCCCAUACGGAAACCUGUACAUGAGAUACAGAAGGAUCCAAGCACCCUUAGACCGCCGGGUACCACUUGUUCUAGAUGUCCCCACAGAUAUAGUCAGAGAAUUUGAUUUGGACCAGAACAUCGACUCCAACUAUUUUACUAUUGGAUCAGAUACCUAG